UUUGUUGUAACUCCUGAAUCGCUGACUCCAACUGCUGUUGAGUAGAUUUUGUUUCAGUUUUUCCUUCCACUGAAUUUUCCUGACAACAUUUUUGCAAUGAUCUUCUGUGCAUUUUUGUUCUCUCCAGUCAGUUGUUUUCCACACACCUUUGUAGGAUCAAAACACUGCCUGUGCAUCUUUCUCGACUGUACUUUUUCUUUUCACUAAACUUUCCAUGAAUAUAUUUCAAUAACGCACUUUGUAAAAAGUCUGACUCUUUAGUGGCUUGCUUUGCUUGAGGAGGAUAUCAAUGACAGUCAUUAUUUCUCUUUUAAAAUCAUUUUUAAUGUGCUAUUUCUAUAUUUGAAAGAACUGUAUUUUGUAUUUUUUUUCAGUAGUUUUAAGUGUUUGUUUGAUUACAGACAGUUAAAUCUUGGAAUUUAAUCAUUGAGAUACAUUUUAGGUAGUCUCAUUUUUGGAUAACUCCUCCCUAAAUUAACUUUUCCAACAUCAACAGCCCCCUAUUUUCCCCAUGGGGGACGUUUUAAAACGUCCUGGAUGCGCCCCUGUCUUGCGCUUAACAGAUUCUCAAAGUUUUCUUCAGUCUCUCUAAGUAAUGUAUUCAUGCGCAUUCAGAGGAGAGAAACUGUUGUUUUAAGGAUUUUGACGCUCAGGUGCCGCUUUGCCUCCUCAUCCUCGCCGCUGGGACCCAGCCGGUCUCCCUGAUUGGCCGGUGCGCCGCGGUGAUGUCACCGCCUGCCUCACUGUCCCAGUCCGGUGAGGCAUCAGGCGCAGAUCCGCGCUGGAGCUCCAGAUGGAGUUGACGCGCGAUGGGAUAAGAGCUGCGGGUCUUCUGAUGAACUCGAACCGAGCGGGCUCAGAGUGCAGCUGCAGCCCGUCAUGGGGGACGGCGGCGCGUCUUCGCCGGUGAACCUCCACAACGGCACCGGGAGCGAGGCGUCCGACGCGCCGGACUCCGCUGCGGCCGCGUCCGAGCACUGGCUGGCCGGGAUGAGCCUGGUGAUGGGUCUGAUCGUCCUGUCCAUCGUGUUCGGGAACAUCCUGGUGAUCGUGGCUAUCGCAAAGACGCAGCGGCUGCAGACGCUCACCAACGUGUUCAUCGUGUCGCUUGCGAGCGCGGACCUCAUCAUGGGGCUUCUGGUUGUGCCAUUUGGCGCGGCGCUGGAGGUGCGCGGCUCCUGGAUGUACGGCUCGUUCUUCUGCGAGUUCUGGAUCUCCGUGGACGUGCUCUGCGUCACCGCCAGCAUAGAGACUCUGUGCGUAAUCGCCAUCGACAGGUAUGUGGCCAUCACCUCACCUUUCCGCUACCAGAGCUUGUUAACCAAAUCCCGCGCCAGGGCGGUGGUGUGCGUGGUGUGGGGCAUCUCCGGGCUGGUCUCCUUCCUCCCCAUCCUCAUGCACUGGUCCCGCGACAGCGUGGACACCGCCUGCUACGAUGACCCCCACUGCUGCGACUUUGUGACCAACAGGGCUUACGCCAUCUCCUCAUCCAUCAUUUCCUUCUACAUUCCGCUCCUGGUCAUGAUUUUUGUUUACGCGCGGGUGUACAGAGAGGCCAAAAAGCAGCUGAAGAAGAUCGACAAGUGCGAGGGCAGGUUCCACAACACCCUAACCGGACUGACCUCCAAGUGCAAGAAGAGGCCGUCGAAGAUCCUGGCGCUGAGAGAGCAGAAAGCGCUCAAGACUCUGGGCAUCAUCAUGGGGACGUUCACCUUGUGCUGGCUGCCCUUCUUCAUCGUCAACGUGGUGCGGGUGUUCUGCGCGGAGGUGGUGGACAAGAACCUGUUUGUGUUCCUGAACUGGUUAGGCUACGUGAACUCCGCCUUUAACCCGAUCAUCUACUGCCGAAGUCCGGACUUCAGGAAGGCCUUCAAGAGGCUGCUGUGCUGCCCGAGGCAGGCGGACCGCCGGCUGCACAUCAGCUCCUGCGACCUGUCGCGGUGCUCCGGCGGCUUCGUGUCCGCUCUGGAGCCCGGCACGCUGGAGAUGUGGUCGGACUGCGCCGCCCUGGACAACAGCGACAGCAGCCUGAUGGGGACUGGGAAACUGUCUCACUCUGAGUCCCAGAUGUGAAGGAAGAUAUUGAAAUUAACUUAUUGUUUAAAAGAAAAAA